AUGCUUGACAUAGACAGACAAGAAAUAAUUAAUAAACAAAAGACCAUGAUGAAAGCUAUAUCGGAUAAAAACAAUGAAAACAUAAACGAAAAUGAUAUUGUUAAACAUUUACAAGACUGUCUUGUUACAUUGUUAUCAGAAUCUGAACGUAGUAAGUUUUUUCAGUUAAGCAAUACAAAGACUGCUAAAAUAUUCAAAAUAUCAUUAGAUUAUUUGAUAUAUGGUAGUAUUAAGAGAGAGGCAUAUGAAGAUGGACUCUCAAAACAUCUAAGUGAUAACAAGGAGCUUAGAGACAAGUUUUUUUCUUUUAGAAGCGGAGCACACUUUCUAACAAGACUGUACAACGAAAAAAGAUUUGAUUUGUUAGAAAAGUAUGAAAUUCAAGAUCUGGAAAAGAAGCUAGAAAAUUACUAUAAAAACAAGUCUAUUGAUUUUUAUUCAAUAAUACAUGAUUUUCUCUCUAAGAGAUUACCAGAAAAUUACAUGCUUUUAAUUUCAGAUUAUUUUGUUAUAAAUUCUAACACUGAAAAGAUGCUUAAUGAUUUAAAAAAUUUAAAUGAUGGUAAUUCUAAUAAGACUAAUUUUGAAAUGGAGGAGAUUAAGAAGUCUAUUGAUGAUAGAUGUAAGAAAUCUCAGAGUAAAAAGAAAAACCAGCCACUGGUUGAAAUAGCUAAGGGUUCUUUUGCCAAAGGUACGACAUCUCUAAGUGAUGAUAGGAAGGAUGAUGAAAACAAACCCAGAUUUAAUGAAUUAAAAGAUGAAUCAAUUGAUUCGAGCAAGGUUUUAACAGAGAAGAUAAAAUCUUUAAAUCUUGAAGAGGAUGUGAACACAUCUUCUACUGAGUUUCUAGUGCUUGGAUACCACAAGUUGCUAUUGGAAGACAUUGAUAGUUUAUUUGAUCGUAAAAUGAAGGUUUUUAUUGAAAAUAUCCUUGAAAAGUAUAUUAAAGAAUUUGCAAGUAAAAAGUUAGAAGGGUUUUUAAAUGAGUUAAAGGUACAAAUGUUGUGUGAAGUUAAAAGCCUUAAGAAUUGUAUUGUUCAACAGAAUGAUACUGUAAUUAUUAGGUUGUUAGGGAAUAAAAAGCUCACAGGUGUGGAGAUUGUUAGUGAGUUGUGUAUGAUGAACAAAUCUGAGUUUAUACAGGCAAUUUUGGCUUGUAAUAAACAAAAUGAGGUUUAUGAAAAGUUUGACAGUCAUAAUAGAGCAAAUUUACUUAAGAAAUUAAUUCAAUAUAUUCAUGUAAAGCAAUAUUAUGAUAUUUUAUCAGAUUGUGUAGAGAAAUUGCUUUUUGAUAUUAAUAUUAAUGAGAUAUUUAAUGAACACAUAGAACAUCUUUAUAAAUACAUUGAUGUUCUUGAGUCAUCUGAUAUGAUUAAAUCUCAGGAUAAUCCUGAUUUAGUUUAUUUACUGAUUUUUACAAAGAAAAGAUUAACUAAAAGAAUUCAACAAAUCUCAACAGUAAAGUUUGAAAAGAAUUGUGAAUAA